CAAAGCCCAGCGGGGCGGUGCUGCUGAGCUACCGCUCUCUGCUCACUCCUGGACUGGAGCAGUACAGGCGGAGCCCUUGGGAAGCCAUGGACGUGAGCGGUCCCUUCAGCUGUCCCAUCUGCCUAGAGAAACUUCGGGAGCCCGUGACGCUGCCCUGCGGCCACAACUUCUGCCUCGCCUGCCUGGAAGCGCUCUGGCCGCAUCGGGGGCCCGGAGGCCCCGGGGGAUCCGGAGCCACUGCCCGCUGUCCCCUGUGCCAGGAGCCCUUCCCCGACGGGUUGCAGCUGCGCAAGAACCACACACUGUGCGAGCUGCUGCAGCUGCGCCAGUCUGGCCAGACCCCGGCCUCGGCCCCGGCCCCUGCCCCGGCCCCAAAUCAAGCCCCGGUCUCGGAGCCCUCGGCUCCGUGCGCCCCAGAGCCGUGGUCCGAGGACGAGGAGCCAGUGCGCUGUGACGCGUGCCCUGAGGGCGCGGCCCUUCCGGCGGCUCGCUCCUGCCUCUCCUGUCUGGCCUCUUUCUGUACUGCCCACCUGAGGCCCCACGAGCGCAGCCCAGCUUUGCGCGACCAUCGUCUGGUACCUCCCUUGCGCAGGCUGGAGGAAAGCCUGUGUGCCCGACACCUGCGGCCCCUGGAGCGCUACUGCCGAACAGAGCGAGUUUGCGUGUGCGAUGUCUGUGCCGCCCAGGAACAUCAAGGACAUGAGCUACUUUCCCUGGAGCAAGAGCGGGCUCUCCAAGAGGCUGAGAGCCCCCAGGUCCUGAGUGCUGCAGAGGACCGCUUAGAUGAGCUGGGUGCUGGUAUUGCACAGUCUAGACGUACAGUGGCCCUCAUAAAGAGUGCAGCACUGACUGAGCGGGAAAAGGUAAGCCAGUUGUUCACAGAGGCAAUAGGUACCCUGCAGGGCUUCCAGUCGGAAGUGAUGGGCUUCAUUGCUGAAGGAGAGGCUGCCAUGCUGAAUCGGGCCCAGGGGGAGCUUCGGCACCAGGAGGAGCAGAGAGCCCGGCUGAGCUCUGCCCGACAGAAUCUGAGUCAGGGCCAUGAAAUCGACUCUAUUAGUUUUCUCCAGGAGCUUCUGGCACUGAAAUUGGCUCUGGAGGAAGGGGGUAACCCUGGGCUGGGCCCCCCAAAAGAACUGAGUUUUACCAAGUCUUCCCAAGCCGUGAAAGCUGUUAGAGACCUCCUGACUUUAGCCUGUGUUAACCAGUGGGAGUUUCUGCAGGGGAUGGGCAGGGAUACGGACAAUUCACAGAAGCUGGGUUUGGAAGCUGAUGCAGAGUCUCAAGAUCCUGACAGCACCAACGGCCUGGAGUGUGAGGAAUCUAGAGACUACUUCCUUAAGUUUGCUUUCAUCGUAGACCUGGACAGUGACACAGCAGACAAGUUCCUGCAGCUGUUCGGAACGAAGGGAGUGAAGAGGGUGCUUUGUCCCAUCAGCUACCCCGAGUCUCCCAUGCGUUUCACCCACUGUGAGCAAGUCCUGGGAGAGGGCAGCCUGGACCGAGGCACCUACUACUGGGAGGUGGAGAUCAUCGAGGGCUGGGUCAGCGUGGGCGUCAUGGCCGAGGACUUCUCCCCCCGGGAGCCCUACGAUCGAGGCCGGCUGGGCCGGAAUGCCUACUCUUGCUGCCUGCAGUGGAAUGGCCGAAACUUCUCCGUCUGGUUUUACGGGCUGGAGGCCACCCUUCCCCAUGCCUUUUGCCCCACUGUGGGGGUCUGCCUGGAAUAUGCCGACCGAGCACUGGCUUUCUAUGCUGUGAAGGAGGGGAAAGUGAGCCUCUUGCAGAGGCUGAGGGCCUCUAGGCCCCGCCGAGGUGGAUCCCCUCCUUCGCCUUCGACCCAGUUCCAAAGCAGGCUGGACAGUCAUUUUCCCAACCUGUUCACCCACAGGCUCAAGCCAGCUUUCUUUCUGGAGAGUGUGGAUGCACACCUGCAGAUUGGGCCCCUCAAGAAGUCAUGCAUCUCAGUAUUAAAGAGGAGGUGAUGUUGGGAAGAAGGAACUCCCUUCCUUCUCCUUUCAUUCCCACAAGGAUGCUCUGGGCACUCCCUGAUGAAACCCCAGGAAAAUUGCCAAUAAUAUAUUUAAUACAGUCUAUUCCCAUCCCCAUCCCUGGAGGCAGAUUUUGAGAGAGCCCUUGUCCUUCCUUUCCCUCUCUCCCUCACCACCUCCACUGACAGUCUCCCUUGGGACAUUAGGUGGCUAGCAUCUGGCAACCAUGUAAGAUAAGGCAAAGCCAGGGCCAGAAAGGGGUUAGCCAGCCUUCUAAGCCCUGUCUAAGGCUCCAAAGUGACAAUGUCUCCUCUCAUCCUUUAUCACUGUGGGAGUCUUUGGCCUAAGCCAGAAGGGACCCUGAGAGACCAAACUUAUCAAUCAAAUUCCUUUUCACUUUUCCCUUUCCUCCCUGCAACAAUGUUCCUGAUUCCCACAAGCUCUUGCCUUUGUUGUUACUAUCUGCAUUCCCCCCUGGAAUUUUCAUCAACUCAACCAAUAUCACACUGUGCUUAGGAGGAAGGAAAAGGGAGGGGACAGAGCUAAAUUGUUUGGUGGGCCUGCCCAUAGAGCAGGAAAGAAAUAGAGAGCCAUAGCUCUAAAAAUGACCCUUCAGGAACAGAAGGGGCUUGGAAAAGAGAGGGGAAAUUUCUCUGCAAACCCACCUUUCUCUGUUCUUUCCAGCUGCAAUUCUGGGCAGGGGCAGCCAGAGGUAACCUCCCCCCUUCCCAUCCUCUGCUCCUGACCACAGUGAUCCAUUUUGGGCCCUCAGAGUAUUUGCUUUGGAAAGUUUGGGUUCCCACCAGCUAUUUACAUCUCUGUUGCCGUAGCAUAAUUCCAAAUCUUUCUCUUGGCUUUGCCCAAAAUCAAACACAGACGCUAUUCUCAACAGCUGGAAUGGGCCUCUGGAGACUGGGCUGUCCUGAGAUUGGGCAAGAAGUCCGCCCUACCAUGGCAAAUGUGCUCCAAGGGCCAGGACAGAGGCUGCUGUUCGAGCCGGCCCACAUUCACAGCUUCCCAAGGGAGAUGCCUAAGCAACCUGUGUAUCAGUAGCAAUGUGUAUCUACAAUAAAGGGAAGUACAUGGUC